AUGCCACGAAAAAUUCUAAGUGGUGCUGCCAAAAGGAAAAGAAAACAAGAAAAGGAAAGUUAUAUUUUAAAUACGAAUAAAAAAAUCAACAGUUUCUUCGGAUGCAGUCAGCUUAAUAACGAUAUUGAACCUUUAGCAUCUACUUCAUUUGAAAAUGUAAUAAAUAAUGAUAAUUUUGAUGGUAAAGAUGAAGAAGUUGAAGAAGAACAAAUUUUGAACUGUAUUGAAACUGUGGCAUCUACUUCAAAUAUUGAGAAAAUUGUAAAUCCCCCUAAAAUUAUAACUGUAAAAGAUAACAAAACUAUUAGUGACUCUCAUGUUGUGCUUGGUAAAGUUAAUGAUGACAUUUUAGUUGAUCAGUCUUCUGCAGAUUUGUAUAGUGGUGUUAUGAAUUUGUUAAAUCUUGAGGAAGAUUUUCCAACUGACAAAGCAUUAUUUCCAGAACUAAUUACAAAUAAAAAUCUUAAGCAAUGUAUAUUACUUUUUGGACCAUGUAAGCCAGAUAUAAAUUUUCCAAUUAACAGUGAUGGAAAACGUUUUUCAACUAGUUACUAUUAUUUGACGACCAAGUCUGGUACAAAAAUACCUCGAUUAUGGUUAUGUUACUCUGUUCGUUUGGAUAAAUCAUAUUGUGAAACUUGUUGGCUAUUUGCUGACAGAGGUUAUAGUAAAUUCAAGUCAGAUUGGAUUGACGGUAUUAAUGAUUGGAACCAUUUAUCUCAAUGUAUACAAAGGCAUGAAUGUUCCAUUCAACACUUAGAUGCUACUAAACUUCGUUCAAUAUGUGCMAAAACUCAUACUAUUGAUGCUGAAUUAGAAAAACAGUAUUCUGAUGAAGCGAUGAAGUGGAGAAAUAUAUUAAAUCGCUUAAUUAAAAUAAUACUUUAUUUAACUGCUGGUAAUUCAGCUUUAAGAGGCAAUGAAGGUAGUAAACAAAUCAAUAAUCCUACUGAAGGCAAUUUUUUAAGGACGGUUUAUUUACUUGCUGAAUUUGAUCCCUUUUUAAAAAGUGUGUUAGAAGAUAAAAACGGGAAAAUCAAAUACUUAAGUGCCUCGAUUCAAAAUGAACUAAUAGACAUUUUGUCAACAGAUUUACGCCGUACAAUUUGCAAUGAGAUAAGGAAUAGUAUUUUUUUUUCAGUUAUAUUAGACUCCACCCAAGAUAUUACCAAAGAAGAUCAA